UUGGCAUGAUAAUCAAUAGUGAAAUAAAUCACCGAUUUAAUUAGAAAAAGAAAAAUCUUUUUUUUUCUGUAAUUUUCCGACAAACUAAACUAAACUAGAAAAAAAAAUUAAUUUCCAAACAUCAAUCAAAAACAACAUGAUGGCAACAACAAGUGUUUACUACAUGACAUGUAUCAUAUGUUUUCUCAACAUAUUCAUUAUUCAAUUGAUACAAAUGUAUCCGAAUAAUAAAUUUCCCGCUGCUGAUGAUGAUUAUCAUACAAUUUUAGCACAAUCUAUGAAUCAAGAUUAUCACCACCACCGAUAUCGACCACAACAACAUCGUCCGAUUAUGAUCCCUAAUAGUAAUCAUAGACGCCCACAUAUUCGUUCAGAUGUUCACAAAAUAUUGGUGGAAAAAUUAUCUUCACCAACAUCAACCACCAAUGAACAUCGGUCACAACAACAACAUCAUACACAAUGUAAUGCUACGGUUAUUUCAUCUAGUCGUUUAUUAAUACCGAAUGAAUGUGCACCAAACGGUAAUCAUAUGGAAACCAUACAAAUUUAUCCAGUAAAUAAUACAAAUGAUAAAAUCAUUCGUCGUAAUGGUCGUACUAUAUUCCGUUUACAACGUACAAAAAAUAGUCUUGUUGAAUUAAAUGAAACAAUUCCUGUAAGUAAUGAUAAUAAUAGGCCAGAAUAUCGACAAGAACCACAACAACAACAAUAUCCAUCCAAUGCGAUCGAUAUGAUCAACAACAAUGUUAAUGAACCAUAUUAUAAUGAAUUUGGUGAUGAACAAUUGGAUGGACGACAAUUUCUACCACCAUUUAUAGCACCACCAUUUGUGGCACCACCAAUAAUUUCACCAUUACCAAUAAUACCUGGUUUUGCAUAUGAAUAUGAAUAUUUUGAAUAUCAAUGGUGUCGACCAUAUGCAAUCGAAAUAAGUAUAUGUGAAUUAUGUGUAUGGGUACCAACGGUUUGUCCAAUCAUUUUCUAGUGAAUGAAUUUUAUGAUUUUUAAAAAACUAAUUGAAAAUUGAAACGAAAAAAAUUCAUUUCACAUAAAUCUGUUCUGUUUGAAUAAGAGAAAGAAAAAAAAUUUCAAAAUUUAUUUAUGACUUUUGAAUGAUUUUUACACACACACACACACACACACACACACACACACACUAAAUACUUUUGAUAAUCUUAUUUGAAACAUCUUUAAAAUUCACACAACACACACACACACAAAUUAUUAUCAAAUAUAUGCGUGGGCCGAUGAAAAUGAAAAUGAAAUAAUCA